UUAAACAAGUAAAUUAGCUGAAUUAUUAUUAAAUUAUCACUUAAACGGUAACCAUACUCGGUGAUUUUAUUGAUAGAAAAUGUGUAUAAGACUUAAACUAAAAAUAUUGGAAAAGAUAUUACCUAACCUAGAGAAAGAUGCUAUUCGAAAUUACAUUCGGAACAUGCAAGUUACCCACAAGCAUGGAACUAAUAAUUUCUUCAUUGACUUUAAUAUUGCAUCAGAAAAUAAAUUUAAAAAACCAACAAUAAACGGUACCGAUUUUACAAAUGGUAUCAAGUACUUACAAACAGAGAAUGAAAAUAUGUUAAGAUUUAGUAUCAACAGAGAUAUGUUUAUGAAAAAUGUUAUUGAAGGGAUUAACAAAAAACCUUCUAUACAUGAAGUUGGUAAAAACAUUGUUAUGGAUUUCAGCUCUCCCAACAUUGCAAAACCAUUCCAUGUGGGACACCUGCGGUCUACAAUCAUUGGAAAUUUCAUAGCCAAUAUAAACAGGCAUUUCAACAACAAUGUAACAAGAAUAAACUACUUAGGGGACUGGGGCACUCAAUUUGGUCUUCUGCAAGUUGGAAUGAAAGCAAAAAACAUUAGUGUUGCAGAUCUAAAGGACAAUCCUAUCAGAAGCCUGUAUGAAACCUAUGUGUUUGCCAACAAGCUAGCAGCAACUGACCAGAGUGUGCAAGAUGAAGCCAGGAAAUACUUUGCAAACAUUGAACAAGGAAAAACUAAUUUGGAAAGUUGGAAGCAAAUCAGGGAUGUCACAGUGGAAGAACUACAAAAUGUUUACAAAAGAUUGGGAAUAACUUUUGAUGAAUACCAUUGGGAAUCAGACUACAAUGGUGGAGCUAUAAAGGAUUUAAUGUCUAAUCUGGAACAAAGAAAUAUCAUAAGAACAGAUGAAUUAGGAAAGAAGGUUGCUACAUACAAAGAUAGAAAUAUAACAGUAUUAAAAAGUGAUAAUUCCACAUUGUAUAUAUCAAGAGAUAUAGCAGCCCUUAUUGAUAGAUACAACAAAUAUAAAUUUGACAAAAUGCUCUAUGUAGUAGACAAUGCACAAACAGAUCAUUUUGCUGCUGUUUUCAAUUUGGCCAAACAGAUUGAUGAGAAAUUUGCUAAUGGAUGUGAGCAUGUCAAAUUUGGGAGAAUCAAAGGAAUGAGCACAAGGAGUGGAAAUGUUGUCUUCUUAAAUGAUAUAUUGGAUGAAGCUAAACUGAAAAUGUAUGAGAAACAAAAGGAAUCUAAAAACACAAGGAGCUCUGCUAUGGACGAGGAGACUUGUGACACUCUUGGCACAACAGCCGUCAUCAUCAAUGACCUCAAGCAGAGAAGACAGAAGGACUACAGCUUUGAGUGGGAUAGAGCAUUACAAAGUGAAGGCGACAGUGGCAUCAAACUACAGUACCUACACUGCCGUCUGUGGAGCCUGGAGUCAAACUGUGGGGUUAAACUGCCACAGGAUUUUGACCCUCAAUAUCUACCAGAACCAAUAGUAUCAGAUGUGAUAGCUGAACUAGCCAAAUUUGAAGAUACUCUACAAAAGAGUGCAGAUGAAUAUGAAGCCUGCGUCCUAGUCAACUAUUUAUUCAGAUUAGCUAGACUUGUGAAUAGAAUGUUUAAUGAAUUAAAUGUAAAAAAUGUCAGCCCGGAGUUAGCAUCCCAAAGACUUGUAGUCUUUCAUACUGCUAGGCUUGUUGUUAAGUCUGGUCUAGAAAUAUUAGGAGUGAAACCAUUGCAAGAGAUGUAAUGUUGUUAACUACUCGCGUAUAUAAAGCUAUAAGAUGCGAUGUAGAAGCUGGUUAAGUAUUUCUUAAGUAAUAUAUAA